UCAACAUGACGCUCCUGGUCCUAGUAUUCGUGACUGCCGUUUCUGCUGCCCCACUCGGCUAUGACCUACAACCACCCUCUCGCCCAUAUUUUCAUCAUGGUUUCUGCGCUCACGGCUUAGUGCCACACGUGGAUGGUAGUUGUGUUACUCCUCAAGUGUAUCAACGGGCAUUUAUCUACGAUGCUCCAAGAAGGGUAAACUAUUUUAGGCGGCCACACUACAUUCCGCAACCUAAAGUGGAACGCAAUGUGGUUUUCGUGAGGCUGCCUGAAGAUGACCAGGGACCUGAUCCGAUUAUCGUACCUCCUCCACAACAGCAACAGGUCGUGUACGUACUUAACAAGCAAACGGAGGAGGACCAGCGAGUGAUCGAAGUGCCAGCACCGCCGCCGACGGAGCCCGAAGUGGUGUUCGUGAACUAUGAAGAAGGUGAGAACCCGAUCCUUCCCACCGGGGAAGACCUCCACUCGGCACUGACUACGGCCUCUCAUGGCGUGGGUCAUGUUGUAGAAAGUACAGGAAUCGGAGGUGGAAUCACUGGUUUCGGUAAUGGAAUUGGACACUCCACUGGGCACAGUUUCGCACACAGUGCUGGUCGUGCCUUCGAAGAUACUUUUGGCAUCGGUAUCAGAAACCACAAUCUUCCUGCAGAUGAUUACUCUACUCAUACAAGCCAUCAUUCUACCCAUGCAAACCACCAUUCUACUCACGCAAGUCAUUUUUCUACCCCAGUUAGUCACUAUACUACUCCUAGAAGCCAGUACUCGACCCCUGCAAUCCACUAUACUACUCCCAGAAGCCAUUACUCAACCCCUACAAGUUCUUAUACAACGCCUUCUAGUCUCUACACCAGUCCAUAGAGAUGGUUCUUUCAAUAGAUGAUAUGGACUACUGCGAUAAGCAUAUGUAGAAUUCUACAUAUGUACACUGAUAUGCGUUAGAAUUAUAGAUUUUACAUUCACAUACUGUACAAAAAUGUGUCUCGAUGCAAUUAAUUAAAGAAUGUAUAAGUUUUCAUUCUGUAUUUCAGUAAUUUUCCUCUAUCCUAUCUAUGCACUGAAACAACAGCAUGCAUAAUUUAUAUUUGCCAUGCUGCAUAGAAAAUUACUCGUUUUAUAUAGAUUUAUAUAUAUGAAAGUAAUCCUGAUAGU